AUGACUGAGCAGGAGGCUCCGAGUCUCUCCGCCGAAGGGCUGCCACCGCCGAAGGCCUUCGCGUUUAGUCCUCUGCUCCAAGGGCGGCCGCAGCCCUCAGGGAGGCCAGCCCAUCCUCGCCCCUCCCGAGGUUAUCCUCAGAGCUCACUUCCCUGGGGCUCCGAGGGCUCACAUCCUGCUGUCGUCGGGAGGCUCCUUCUCGUCGCGAGAAAGGUUCUAGGCCUCCGGCUCGCUCUCCGCCUCUCUCGAGAUCCCGGCAGGCCUCUGUCACAGAACCCAGCGGUCGGAUCCUCUCCGCCUCGCUUUGCGAGCCUGGAGAAGUGCGUCCCUUCUCGCUUGCCUUAUGCCAGGCGAGGCGGGGACCGCACUACAGCGCUACCAGCCGGAGGGGGGAACGCUCACGUGCGGCACUUUGCUUUCCAGCCGGCGACAAUAGCUCUCGAGAAAACCACCGUUCAGACGACCAGGACUAGUAUUAUUUUGUCCUGGGAGCCCGCACAGGAGGGAGGAAAGGCCGUCUACCCGACCUGGGCAGCGGACGCACCCCUUUUCUCCCCCUCGGUUCGUCUGAACGGCCCGGAGCGGCGGGCCAGCCAGCCUCGGCGGAGCUGCCUCAGCGGAGCUGCCUCAGCCUUUGACAGCUCGGCGCGAGCACCUCGGGCCUGGAGUCCCAGCUCCAGGGGAGGGACGGGGCGGGGCGAGCGCGCGCGGGGCGGGGCGAGCGCGAGCCGGGGCGAGAGGAGGGAGCGCGCGAGCGGAGCCGAGCGGUGCCGAGCAGAGCAGGGAGGUAUUGGGGAGAGGCUGGCUGAGCCCGCCGGCGCGGAUCGUGCUGCGUCGCCGGGCUCCGCGUACCCCCGCCUCUGCCCAGGCUCCCGCGAAACUUUUAUUCUCUGGGGGCUUCCCGGGGUGUCUGAAGGAAUCGGAGCGCUCGGCAAGCUCUGCGCUCCCCUGCCGCGGCGACCCAGGGGACGUGCAUCCCUUGCCCGCUGGGCUCUCGCGCCCCGCACCUCCUCACCUGCUGCUGAUCUCUCCCCAGAGCGGCGAGGGGGCACCGGCGGAAGGGCCGCGCGGGCGCCAGCGCCUCCGAAUUCUCCCGCCCACCACCGUAGACUCGCCCGGCGCAACUUUAACUUGAUUCCUCUAGCCCAGCUCGGGCACCGGCGGCUGCCGCUUUGCUGCCACCUUUGCCGUCUCGGCUACCGCCUCACAAAGGGGCGCGUGGAGGGGAGGCGGCACAUCCGCGGGCACAGGCGCCGGUGCGCGAGGCGCGGGCCUCCUUGCCGCCGAGGCCGGGAGACAAAAGGGAAACUGCCUCUGUUCGCCGUGCGGGCUGGGAGCAGCCUGCUCGUCCGCCUUCUGCCGGGCUCCGCGAGUCUCCUCCCCCAAGCCUCGGCUGCUGCUCCGCCUCCCUCCCCGCGGGCUGUCCCCGCAGUGCUCCGGGACCCGGCGAGCCUUCGGGGCGCGCGUCGCUGCUGGUGGUUGGGGCUGUAG